GAAAAGCUUAAAUACACUGAAAUUCCCAUGCUGAUGAUAACUGUAACACCAUUUUCUUUCACGAUCUCAGAUUUGCAGGUCACACACAGCGAAGCAAUUGAAUGAUUAGCGAGAAAUUAUAGUUUUGUGUGGAAACUACGGAGAAAUUACGUAGCAGAGAUCUUGUUUUUUGAUAUGGGAAGAAGGUUCAAUGGUGGACAAUGAGAGUUUCCUUUAAUGGUAACAUUGCAGAAGGUUUCUUUCCUAAAAAGUUUUGGCUUGAUCUGAGUAGAUUUGGCUUCUUAUUAUAGUUUCUGCAAUUCCAAAAACUUCCCUUUUUUGGAUUCAGAGGAGAGGGGGUUGAUUUGAUUAUUACUGUUGUGUUAUCGUUUUGGUUCUGUGAUUUAAAGUUUCGAUUUGUUAGUUUGGAAGGUGAGGAUAAGAGUUUUUCUUCCGGAUUCAGUAGAGAUCGCAGGAGAUAUAUAUCUAUAUUUCUAUAUUUCUUCCGGGUUCACCGACAAUGUGAGUGGUGUGCAUUGGUAGUUUGAAGCAGGGGUUGAGAAUAAAGAUAAAUCGAAAGUCGUACUUAGUUGGUAGUAGUUUUGGGAAAUUGGAUCUUUGAUCUAUAGAUGGUUUCAAGAGGUUGUUUUUCUGAGUUUGGUUGUGGAGGAGAAUUGGAGGAAUUGUGGAUGAGAGGGUAUUCAUUGGCACAAGGGAGAUGAACGGGAAAUCCGUGCAUCUGGAGGGACAAUGACUGGUGGGUCAUUGGGUCUACGUACAGGAAGUUAUGGAUCGCUGCAACAACAGCUGCAAAACAGUGUUUUAUUGCCAAUUCAGACGUCACCCAUUAUUGUGCGCAAGCCCUCAAAGAUGCUUCUGCCUGGUUCAAGAGAUAAGGAAAGGUGUGUUCCACGGAUCUGCAAAUUUGCUGGCAGAAGGAGGGUUGGAAUGCUACUGGUGGUGGCCAUCUCUGUUUUGGUUUUCAUGUCAGUUCUAUCUGUUAUUACUAAAGAUGAAGAUGUAUCAGAGGUUGUUUCUGGACAGCAUAUGCAAAACAUUAGGCCCAACAUCAGCUUGCCAUCAAUUGAUCCCGGUGAUCCCAUGAGUACUAGGUCACAUGAAAACAAGACAGAUAAUAAUUCUGGAUCACAUGAAAACAAGACAGGUAAUAAUUCUUCUUUACAAAAUAAUGUAUCGAUGACUGCUGUAAGCGAAAUCCAGCCGCCACCUCCUUCAGUUUUUACGCCAAAUGCUCUUCCUUUUCGCCAUCCAUGUGAAAAGUUUGCACUUCCACCCCCGCCAAAUGAUAGAAAGCGGACUGGACCACGCCCUUGUCCAGUUUGUUACCUUCCUGUUGAACAAGCUAUAACCCUUAUGCCAAAAGAAUCAUCAACAUCUCCUGUACUUAGGAAUUUAACUUAUGUUUAUGAGGAAAAUUCAAUUAGAACGGAACCAUAUGGAGGAUCUGAAUUCGGUGGAUAUCCUUCUCUGAAGCAGAGAAAUGAUUCUUUUGAUAUAAAAGAGUCAAUGAAUGUACAUUGUGGAUUUGUUAAAGGAAGAAAACCUGGACAUCAGACUGGAUUUGACAUAGAUGAUUUGGACCUUCUUGAGAUGGAACAGUGCCGUGGUAUUGUUGUAGCAUCAGCCAUAUUUGGAAACUAUGAUAUCAUACAACAGCCCAAAAAUAUCAGUGAAGCUUCGAAGAAAAGUAUUUGCUUUUUUAUGUUUAUUGAUGAAGAGACUGAAGCUUAUAUGAGAAAUUCUAGUGUCCUGGAUGGUGGAAAUAAGGUUGGAUUAUGGAGAGUUGUUGUUGUCCGUAACCUUCCUUAUCUUGAUGCGAGACGGAAUGGAAAGGUUCCAAAGCUUCUAUUACACAGGAUUUUCCCUAAUGCCCGGUUCUCUAUAUGGAUUGAUGGAAAGCUUGAACUAGUUGUGGAUCCAUAUCAAAUUCUUGAGAGAUUCUUGUGGCGGAAGAAUGCCACUUUUGCAAUCUCCAGGCAUUAUAGACGCUUUGAUGUGUUUGAUGAAGCUGAGGCUAAUAAAGCAGCAGGGAAAUAUGACAACGCCUCCAUUGAUUAUCAGGUCGAGUUUUAUAAGCAGGAGGGUUUGACCCCUUAUACUGAGGCUAAGCUUCCAAUAACCAGCGAUGUCCCUGAAGGAUGUGUGAUUAUAAAGGAGCACAUUCCCAUUACCAACCUCUUUACCUGUCUCUGGUUCAAUGAAGUUGACCGUUUUACGUCAAGGGACCAGAUAAGCUUCUCCACCACGAGGGACAAGAUAAUGUCAAAAGUAAACUGGAGUAUCAACAUGUUCUUGGAUUGUGAAAGACGCAAUUUUGUGGUUCAGGCAUACCAUCGAGAUUUGUUAGAGCACAUGGCACCUCCGGUCGGCAUAGUUAUUCAUCCUCCUCCUGCAUUAUUGCCAGAGCUUCCUACUGAUAGGUUUACAAGGUCUCCGCCAAAGAAGGUGCCCACUAAGCGUAGCAGAGAAAGAAGAUCCAGUUCGAGGCGUCACCGUAAAGUUACAAUUGGUAGCAGGGAGAACAAUUCAUUUUAGAUCCUUUUGAAUUUUGUCAAAAUAUAUAAUUUUUUUUUCCCUCCCUGUUUCAAAAUUAUUCAAUGCAGGGCAGGAGGAUUUGUGCACUGAGGGGUAGCAGGCCUUGUUUGGAAGAGAGAACACUCUGAAUUUUGUUCGGAAUUGUCAAUAUCUAUUCUUUUUCAUUGUAAAUAUUUUAAUCCGAAAUAAAUAAUAUGAGUUUCCUGCCAUUACUGCAA